AUGGCAAGCGACUGGCCUCAGGCUUCCAGGGUGCCCAGCUUUGCCCAAAUGCUGAAGAAGAACUUGCCGUCGCAGCCGCAGCCUUCUGUUCAGCCGUCGGCAGCCUUAAGGUCACAAGCAGCACACUCUAAAGCUAUGUUUUCACAUACAGAUAUGUCUGACAUGUCAAGCCUAGCAUCUAAAGUUACUCCAGUCACAGGGCAGGUUCCUGCUUCUCAGUAUUCCAGAGGUGCACAAGUUAUUCCAAUCACUUCACUUCCUCCUAAGAAAAUUCCAAAGGAAUUUAUUGUAAAAUAUAAACGAGGGGAGAUAAACCCAGUAUCAGCUCUGCAUCAGUUUGCACAGCUGCAACGUGUACAGCUUGAAUUAAAGGAAACAGUAGCUACAGGCACUCUUUUGGGAACUUAUUUUGCUUUUUGUGCUGUGGUGGAUGGUAUACCAUAUAAGACAGGGUUGGGACAAAACAAGAAGGAAUCCCGAUCAAAUGCAGCAAAACUUGCUCUUGAUGAACUACUGCAGUUGGAGGAGGAAGAGCCAAAAGCUUUAGAAAAACCAGAGCCUCCUAAGAUCCUUUCAGAAAUGGCAGUUUUAAGUGAACCUCAAUCCGCAGUAGGACCUGGUUAUCUUUCAAAGAUUCCUUAUGAAAGACGGCAUCUUGCAUAUGAGAAGAUUUCUCAAGUUGUCAAGGAAACUUUUAAUAGUUUAACUGCUAAAUAUCCAGAGUACCAGAAUUGUAGUAGUUCACUGGCUGCAUUUAUAAUUGAAAGAGCUAAGCAGCAUGAAGUGGUGGCUAUUGGAACAGGUGAAUGCAACUACAGUCAGUGUGGACACCUUGAUGGGAGGAUUUUGCAUGACAGUCAUGCUGUUGUUACUGCUAGACGUUCUCUUCUUAGGUAUUUUUAUAGACAGCUUUUACUCUAUCACAGUAAAAAUCCAGCUAUGAUGGAGAAAUCCAUAUUUUGCUUUGAACCAACGUCGAAUUUGCUUGCAAUAAAACCGAAUGUAAAUAUAUUUCUGUACAUGAAUCAGUUGCCAAAAGGAUCUGCUCAGAUAAAGUCGAAGAUAUGCCUCACCCCAAAUUCUGUAUCUUCAUUUGAAUCUGGUGAGGAACUGUCUCUUCAUGUUGCUGUUGAAGGCAAAAUCUAUCUCACUAUCUAUCGUCCUGCUGAGAUUGCUACAAUAAGCAGCAUGUCUGCCAGUGAUAAGCUGACAAGAUGGGAAGUGUUGGGUGUUCAGGGAGCUUUGCUAAGCCACUUCAUUCAGCCAGUUUAUGUUACUAGGAUAAUGCUUGGAGAUGGGAACUGCCAUGAUACAAGAGGAUUAGAAAUAGCCAUCAAGCAACGUGUAGAUGAUAUACUCACUUCAAAACUGCCCAUGUUCUACCUGGUGAACAGACCUCACAUUAGUUUGGUGACUGCUGCUUACCCAGUGAAGUUAGACUUGGAACACAAGUCUCUUAGUGUGAAUUGGUCCCAAGGAGAUUCUUCAUUAGAGGUCGUGGAUGGGCUGACAGGGAAGACAACAGAAAGUUCACCCUUCAAAAGUGGCAUUACAAUGGCAAGUCGACUUUGCAAGGCUGCAAUGUUAAGUCGUUUCAAUUUAAUUGUUAAAGAAUCAAAGAGAGAUGACUUGCUUAAAGCAGGCACGUACCACAAAGCAAAGAUUGUGGCAGAGUCCUACCAAGAUGCAAAGUACUUGCUGAAAACCUACUUAGAGGAGCAUGGUUAUGGGUCCUGGAUUGUGAAGUCUCCACAUACUGAACAUUUCAGUAUGUGA